GUGCCAGCAGCAAUUUGGAAGUUUGCUGAGCUUGAGAAGUCUUGGGGAGGGCUGACACUGGGCACACCCCCUUCUCCCCACCCCCAUGGGGAGGAGGGUGAGGAAACAUGGAACCAGCUCUGUUCCAGCCUGUCCUUAUUGGCUGGCAUGAGGCAGAGGGGGCUUUUAAAAGGCGACCGUAUCUGGGCUGGGGACUGGAGCCUGUGCUACCGAGUGCCCUCCUCCUUCUGGCACCAUGCAGCUCUCACUAGCCCCUUGCCUUGCCUGCCUGCUUGUACAUGCAGCCUUUGUUGCUGUGGAGAGCCAGGGGUGGCAAGCCUUCAAGAAUGAUGCCACAGAAAUCAUCCCCGGACUGGGAGAGUACCCAGAGCCUCCUCAGGAACUGGAGAACAACCAGACCAUGAACCGGGCCGAGAACGGAGGCAGACCCCCCCACCAUCCUUAUGACACCAAAGACGUGUCCGAGUACAGCUGCCGCGAGCUGCACUACACCCGCUUCGUGACAGACGGCCCGUGCCGCAGUGCCAAGCCGGUCACCGAGUUGGUGUGCUCCGGCCAGUGCGGCCCCGCGCGGCUGCUGCCCAACGCCAUCGGGCGCGUGAAGUGGUGGCGCCCGAACGGACCCGACUUCCGCUGCAUCCCGGAUCGCUACCGCGCGCAGCGGGUGCAGCUGCUGUGCCCCGGCGGCGCGGCGCCGCGCUCGCGCAAGGUGCGUCUGGUGGCCUCGUGCAAGUGCAAGCGCCUCACCCGCUUCCACAACCAGUCGGAGCUCAAGGACUUCGGGCCUGAGACCGCGCGGCCGCAGAAGGGUCGCAAGCCGCGGCCCCGCGCCCGGGGAGCCAAAGCCAACCAGGCGGAGCUGGAGAACGCCUACUAGAGCGCGCCCGCGCCUACGCAGUCCCCGUGCGAUCCGAUUCGUUUUCAGUGUAAAGCCUGCAGCCCAGGCCAGGGGUGCCAAACUUUCCAGACCGUGCGGAGUCCCCAGCCCGUAGAGACCGCUCGCCCUCCUACCCGCUGCGGGGAGUUCCCGCAGGCCAGGAGUGGGAGCUUGAGUCCCAGACUGAGCCAUUCUGCCUAGCCCAGGGUGGGGGCUGGGGAGGUCAUUCUACCCUUGUCGCACCCCUUCAGGGCAAGGCAGUGUUUCCACCGUAAAGGGAAGAAGGGAGUGUGGGACGGAAGACCUGGGACUGGUUAUGGAGGUACAGUACGACCUACUCCUCUACACCAAUGUAAAGCCUGCGCGGGCAAGAACGAGAACACAGCACUAGAUAGGGUUUCUGACCCUGACUUGGCCGCUGAGUAUGAGGUUGGGCUACGUGAUUCU